AAUUGUAUAAAUUGGGUUCAGAUUAACCUAGCUAAUAUCAAAAACUAAUUAACAUUGAAUUUAAUCACAUCUAAAAUAUUGUUGCUUUUCCAAAAGUCACUUUCUUUGGACUCCAAGUCAAACCUCGCCAAUUGAUAUAUGGGAGACCUUCGACAGUUACGGGCCAUAAUCGAUCUGAUUCGAAAUUGUUACUUGGAGCCGCUAUCCUGAAAAUGUCACUGGUUUAAGUACAUAGGCAGACGUUGCUCUCUACCCAUCUUCCCACCUCCCUUUAUUCGCCGGGCUGCAACAAUUUUCCGCUUAGUUUCAGGGGCGUAUAUCAUAGAUGGAAACUCAAGGUCAAGGGGAAGUGUGUUCACCUGAAAUUCUUGCUUAUAUGGAACUUGCACUAGAACAGGCAAAACAUGCUUUGGAUUGUCUUGAAGUGCCAGUGGGUUGUGUGAUGGUUGAAAGUGGGAAAGUAAUUGCAUCUGGAAGAAACCGAACCACAGAGACAAGAAAUGCUACAAGACAUGCAGAAAUGGAAGCAAUAGAUGUUCUUCUCGAGCAGUGGCAGAAAACUGGACUUUCAGUGUCAGAAGUUGCUGAAAAGUUUUCAAAAUGCACUCUCUAUGUUACAUGUGAACCAUGUAUAAUGUGUGCUGCAGCUUUGUCUAUUCUUGGUAUAAAGGAAGUAUAUUACGGCUGUGCAAAUGAUAAAUUUGGAGGCUGUGGGUCAAUAUUGUCUUUGCAUUCAAGCAGCAAUCAACCGCAUGAUAGUGGGGAAGUUGCGCAAGGAAAGGGUUUCAAAUGUAUUGGGGGAGUAAUGGCGUCUGAAGCAGUCUCCCUGUUGCGAUGUUUCUAUGAGCAAGGGAACCCUAAUGCUCCAAAGCCUCACAGGCCAGUGACUCUCCAGCCAGCAGAUCACUAAUACCUUUCAUGCUGUCUAUAGUCAUGAUUGAGGAGUAAUUGGAUAAUGAAGAAUAGUCAUUAUAUCGUUAUACUUGAAAAUUAGGCAGACGACUGUUUAAGUGCAGCGGCAUUGUAAAAUGUUUGUUAGAAAUUGAGAAAUACUGGCAAAAGUUUUCGGAAUUUAGCUCUCUUUUAUCCUUUUUGCCCAA